AUGACCUCCUUCGAUCACCUUCACCUCCCUCCUGGCGCCUUUCUCGGAUGUACACUCGAUGCACGGCCGGAUGCCCACGGUCUCCUCAUGGAGUAUAUCUGGAGAACCAUUGUCGGUCAGAUUUUCUUGUCCCUCAUCGCAAUCACUGGCGCCAAACUCGCUGCAUGUCUCAGCGUCGAUUAUUCAUUCAGGACUCAACAGCUGCCAAUCCUAUACUGCAUGGCUGUCACCUACGUGCUUGACGCCUGGGCUUCCAAAGUCAUCGAGCAGUUCACAUCGUCGCAUGUUGUCCCAGACAUGAAGAAAACAAUCGCAGCUGUCUUCAAGACGACGGUUUGUCGCCUCACGACGCACUACUACCGCGAAGUAAGCGAGCGCCUUGGAGCUCAGGUAGCGGAAGGCGACAUCAGGGCACUAUGUGUCCGCCUGUUCCCAGAUCUGCUCAAGGGCAUAUACAACGACCUUCUUUUCCCCCAGAGUGCACCGACAAUCCUGGCCUUCGGUUGUGCGUAUGCACAUGCCGCUGCCGUCUCCGGCGUUGCGAAGCCUCUCGUCGAUCUGUUCCAGUCCGUGUGCACGAAGCUGGAUCCUGGCUGGUACUCGGAGAAUACAGCGAUGUCGGAGAGUGUGCGCAUUCUGGAGGAAGAUAAGGCUGUUCUCUCUGCACUUCCCCACAUACACAAGUAUGCAGACCAUGUAAACGUGCGGGAGGUCGUGAUCGCCCCGAUCAUUAGUGCUGACGCGUGGACCCAAUGGACAGAAGAGCUACAGGCUCAAAAUUUGAGUACGUCUCACUUUGAUAGUAUUGCCAUCACGUUUCCUGAGAUCGGCAUAUUGUAG